GCACGCCACAUGGUCUCGGUGGUUGUCAAUACGAAACCGAAACUUAAAACUCGGUUCAGCUUGGUUUAUACCGAAGGUGAGCGAGUCGACCAAGGUAAUGUAUUCGACUGAUAUUCUUAUUUUUUUAUGUAGGAUCAACGGAGUGAAGAGGUACUUUCAGAAAUAACAUUAAAGGUUGCUCUUUAGUGGGGUAGGCUAUAGCCUCCACCAAGUCUGGAUCGGGUAACAUCGGACGGUUGUAUUCUUCAAAAGACUCACAAACAAACAGCAGCCCUGCCUACAGAUAUCAUGGCCUCCUUGGAUGCCUGCUUACUGUCCCUGACCCUUAUCUGCACCAUCAUUGCUGGAACCACCGAAUUUGUGCAACUGAAGUGUAAUGGUAACAACAAUGGACGGUUCGGCCAACCGUCAUUAUUGGAGUGCAUUCUGAUUCUUUCAGAAGAGGCAACAGAUGUACAGAUAAAUAGGAUUAUUUGGAAGAAAAAUGGAGCCGAGACUGCUUUAAUAGAAUAUAAAAGAGAUUCUAUCCUUAAAUCUGAACCACGCUUUACAUUGGCUCAGCGAUAUAGCAUCCCCUUUGAUGUCUCGAUGCUGGUGACCAACACCCUGAUGGCAGAUCGUGGGAACUACACGUGCAUAGUGGAGACCAAUAGAGGCUUUUGUAAGAGCUCAGCCCCCCGCCUCCGCCUCUCAGUCCCAUAUAGCACUCCAAACAUCAACCGCAGUAGGAACCCUAACCAGAACGUCGCCAUGACCCUUUCCUGCACCGCUACUGGCGGUUAUCCAGAAGGGAAAAUCCUUUGGUUUGACGAAUAUGGAACGGAUUGGUCCCCCAGCUCCCAACAGGAAGCUAUCGAGACCACAGAUGGACGUUUGAACCUCGUCAGCAAACUGGACCUGCUUUCAGGCUCUUCAUUCUCCACGUACACAUGUGCGGUCCACAAUAUCAGAGGAGAACGGGAAGGAGAGACCCAGUAUAACGUUUCGGAUCUAGACCCUCAGUCAGUCCGGCAUGAAGGAAAAACACAAAAGUCAGAUUUGGCAUCCAAAAUCGUCAUCCCUGUGGUCAUCAUUGGAUCUGUGAUCAUUGGGCUGCUGAUAGUCCGUCUUCUAAAACCACACUGUCAAAGUUCCCAUCAAGCACUCCCAACAAACAACGAAUGUGGUUAUGAAGAUGAACUUCAAACCAAAACCAAGCCUGAGGGAGAAUACAGCAGCUGUGUAACACCCCAACCCUCAAAUGUAUGUAGUGUAUAGUUAAAAUCUAUACAGCAACAGGUUAUUUUCAAAUGCAGGAGAGGAAUUAUGAAUCAAGGGGUAUUUGUGCGUACAGAUUUGAUAAAUAAGUACAGCACGCAAAUCACAUGGAAUUAUAAUUUCACUAAUCUCAAUGUGAAACUAAGACAAGACUAAGACAAGUCAUUAUGUUGGUAGGUUGAUAUAUAUAUAUUUUUUUAACGGAUUGCUUUUUCUUUCAGUUUGUGUUGAGUUUUGGUUUACUAUAAUCACACCGGUUGUGACUACUUUAUGGCAUGGGCCCAACUCUCUCCACAGCUCUCUGCAUUAUAAUUGAACACUUGUCGUUCGGUGAUCAAUGAUUCAGCACAAAAAGAUUAUUAUUCUUUUUAAACUUUUUUGGGGGAUAGUGCGCAGGAGGUGUGCAUUUAGUCAUUUUUAUCAAUGUCAUCAACUGGUCUCAUGUUAAAAGCAUUAUUUGGUGCUAAUAAGUUGAAUAAAGACUUUCAAAAAACAGAUAUCACAAAUAAAUUUGCCACAAAAGCUACAGGCCAGUAGUUUUUAAUGGUGUGCCUUCGAGGCCAUGCCAUUUUGUGGGCUUGAAGACAUGAUCCUAUCCUUGUGAGACCAUCCUGAGGUCACAAGUUCAUAUUAACGGGCUGGUCAAAUGAGAAUAACAUCAUCCAGACAUACCUACUGUGUACACCUGAUUUACUUAUUGUUGAUGAAUGAUUUCACGUGAUGCACGCUCUUUGCUACAUUUCAAUAAAUAUCCCUUAUAAGGUGUUCGGGUCUGUGGGACCCGUUUUCAGUUUUUAGCUUUAUAAAAGUGAUACAAAUAAUUAUUUUUUUGAACUAAGAUUCAUUGGCUUUGGCUCAUUUUCUGUGAGGAACAUGAAUCAGAAAACAUUUUCAAUGACCCCCCCCU